UUGGCGGUUUUUGAUGCCGUCCACCCGAACGGAGGCCCUCGGUCGCUAGGUGCGGCCGAGGUAACUGGAUCUGGAAGGAGCAAGAGGGGGCGUCGUCCCCACUGCACAGGAGCUGAGGUUCGGUGUGAGCGCGGCGGGGUGACCUCCUCCUGUGGACGCUGGCCGGGGUCUCCGCCAUUAUCACACGCGUCUCCCGGCAGAGUCGCGCCUGGAGGGUCCUAUGGCGACGAACGCGCUCCAGGACCCGGCCCAGGGCCCUGUGACCUUUGAGGAUGUGGCUGUGCAAUUCUCCCAGGAGGAGUGGGGGCUCCUUGAUGAUGCUCAGAGAUGCCUGUAUCGAGAGGUGAUGCUGGAGAACUGGUCACUUAUAUCCUCCCUGGGUUGUUGGCAUGCAGUAAAAGAUGAGGAGCUGCUUUCUGAGCAGUGUGCUUCUGUGGAAAGAAUGUCACAAACCAGGACUCCAAAGGCAGUCCCUUCUGUCUCAAAGACUCAUUCCUGCGAUAUGUGUGUCCUGGUGGAGAAAGACGUUUUGUACCUUGAUGAGCACCAAGGAGUGCAGCCUGGGCUGAAAGCAUUCACUUCUGGGGCUUGUAGGAAAUUGUUCUCGUUCAGUUCAUACCUACACCAGGAGCAGAAGCAGCACAAUGGUGAGAAAUGGGUCACAGGGGAAGAGAACAGGGCCCUGUGUGUGGAGAGUUGCAAAAUCCUUGUGUCAGACAAUAUUUUCACAUGUGGAGAGGUCGAGAAGGAUUUCUCGGGUAACCCGGGCUUUCCCCAGCGGAAGGCCACCCACAGUGGAAGGCAACCACCUAGAAGCAGGGAGAGCAAGGAGGCCUCUCACACUCGGCGAAGGCAUUACAAAUGCAGUGAAUGUGGGCAAGACUUCAAAAAAGUGGAUAAAUUCGUGGAGCACCAGAGAGUUCACACUGGUGAGAGGCCUUAUGAGUGCAGUGAAUGUGAGAAAGCCUUCACCCGUAAACACAAUCUUAUUCAGCACCAGAGACUCCACAGUGGAGAAAAGCCUUAUGAGUGCAGUGAAUGUGGGAAAGCCUUCAGCCGCAAACACCAUCUUGUUGGGCACCAGAGAAUCCACACUGGGGAAAGGCCUUAUGAGUGCAGUCAAUGUGGGAAGGCCUUCAUCCAGAAAAGAAAACUUCUUGAACACCAGAGAAUCCACACUGGAGAGAAGCCUUAUGAGUGCAGUGAGUGUGGGAAGUCCUUCAUCCAGAAAGGAAACCUUCUUGAGCACCAGAGAAUCCACACUGGAGAAAGGCCUUAUGAGUGCAUUGAAUGUGGGAAAGGCUUCGCCCGCAAACAACAUUUUGUUGGACAUCACAGUACACACUGGAGAAAAGCCUUGUGAGUGUCGCAAAUGUGGAAGGUUGUUUUCACACCUCUCCACCUUCUUUAAACACCAGAAAGUUCACGUUGGAGAGAGGCCUUAUGAGUGCAGUUAAUGUGGGAAAGUCUUCACCUGCAAACACAGUCUUAUUCAGCACCGGAGAAUCCACACUGGGGAAAAGCCUUAUGAGCGUAACGAAUAUGGGAGAUUGUUUACAGGCAGAUCUGACCUCAUUAAGCACCAGAAUGUUCACACUGGAGAAAGGCCUUAUGAGUGCAGUGAAUGUGGGAAA